AUUCCUCUGUGGUCACACUGACAAGCACGCUGGUAUUUCGCAACGCUUAACAACGGUCACUCUGUCUUCCUUCUUUUUAUUUCCGCCGUUUGCCGAGAAAGUUGGAAAAUCAUGGGCAAGCCAAGAGGUCUGCGCACUGCCAGGAAGCAUGUGAACCACCGUCGCGACCAGCGUUGGGCCGACAAAGACUACAAGAAGGCUCAUUUGGGAACCAGAUGGAAGGCCAAUCCCUUCGGAGGUGCUUCCCACGCCAAGGGAAUCGUCCUUGAGAAGGUCGGCGUCGAGGCUAAGCAGCCUAACUCUGCCAUCCGCAAGUGCGUGAGGGUUCAGCUGAUCAAGAACGGCAAGAAGAUCACCGCCUUCGUACCACGUGACGGUAGCUUGAACUACAUUGAGGAGAACGACGAGGUCCUGGUUGCCGGUUUCGGUCGUAAGGGUCAUGCCGUCGGUGAUAUUCCCGGUGUCCGUUUCAAGGUUGUCAAGGUUGCCAACGUCUCUCUGUUGGCCCUGUACAAGGAGAAGAAGGAGCGCCCAAGAUCUUAGAUGAACUUGCAUCUAAUCUUUUUCCAGACAAGCAGAGUUAGGGUUUUACAAAGCUAAAUAAACAAAAAAGAAAGAAACAAA